AUGCCCCUCAUUUGCCUGUCGGACUUCGAAGCCUACGCCAAAGAUCAUUUGCCGAAAGCCACCUGGGAGUAUUAUGCCGCAGGGGCCGAUGACUGCUGUACACGGGACGACAACUUGCUCGCCUUCAAACGUAUUCGGCUGAGACCUCGUAUGCUGCGCGAUGUGUCGGUCACGGAUACAAGGACCACGAUUUUGGGAACAGAGGUCAGUUGUCCGAUCGGGAUAGCACCUACAGCCUUCCACUGCCUGGCAUGGCCGGAUGGAGAGAUGAGCACCGCCAGAGCGGCUGAGGGCCUCAAUCUGUGCUACGUGGCCAGCACCUACUCCACCUGCUCCGUGGAAGAGAUCGUGGCUGCAGCCCCUGAAGGGCCACGUUGGUUCCAGCUCUACGUGUACCGUGACCGCAAGCUGUCCGAGGGGUUGGUGCAUCGGGCGGAGGCUCUGGGUUUCAAGGCUUUGGUGUUGACCGUGGACGUCCCGUAUACAGGCAAGAGGAGGAGCGACAUACGAAACAACUUUCGUCUCCCGCCGCAUCUCAAGGUCAAAAAACUUAAUCAAUGCGGUCCUGACAACUACGGUGUCCCGGCCAACACCCUGGACCCUUCUAUCAGCUGGAAGGAUAUUGUUUAUUGGCUCCAGAAUCUGACUCGCCUACCAAUCAUCAUCAAGGGAAUAACUGACAAAGGAAGACGCGGAGUUGGCGGUAGAGCACGGUGUCCAAGGCAUCAUCGUAUCCAAUCAUGGGGGCGCCAGCUGGACGGAGAACUCGCCACGGUAUGGUAA